UUCUAUAGCAGUUAGUAUAAACAAUCGCAGUUAUAACAAAGCCUUAAUUGUCCGAAAUGUGUUGUCUAAAAGCAAUUUUCCUCUGCUUAAUAGUCGUUGUUAAAAUACAAUUCUGUAAACCAACAUCGCCAACAGAAUCUCCAAGUGACAAAAGUAUUCUUCUUGAUUUCCCCGACGAUACCUUACAACUUAUUUUAAUUGGAAAAAGAAUAAACAAUUUAAAACGCGGAGAUAUCAAGGGUUUCAAGAACUUGUUCGACAUAGAACUGUGCAAUAAUAAGAUUGAAAAUAUUGAACCAGGAACUUUUGAUAUUCUGCCCAAAUUGGAACGAAUGAAUUUAUCUGAAAACUCACUGACGAAAGUGGAAAAUGGAGUUUUCAACAAUCUGAACAUAAGGAUACUGGACUUAUCAUGGAACAAAAUCAGUGUUAUCGAAGAAACGGCUUUGAACGAUAUGCCCGAAUUAACCAGUUUGUAUUUGGGUAACAACGAAAUAACCAAAUGGAAUCCCAAUUGGUUUCAACGAACGCCAAAACUCAUUCGGUUAGUUUUCGAGCACAACAACCUAAACAGUUUACCGGAAAAUGCCUUCCAAAAUAUAGAGAGUACCCGAACAGAUAACAAGACCGACAUGUGCUGGCUCGAUUUUUCCUACAAUCAAAUCACUGAACUACAUCCGAAAACAUUUGCCGGUGUUAAAUAUGCUGAGGGUAUCAACUUCAAAAAUAAUUCAAUUUCCGACUUGCCCCCAGGAUUGUUUUCAUCACUCGAAAAGACAUCUUUGAUUUGGUUUUGGUAUAACCAGAUAACUUGCCUUUCUGAUGAAUUUUUAGAGAGUUUACCGCCCACGCUAUCAGAUAACAUUGAAUUGGAUUUUAAUCCCUGGAAUUGCAGCUGUGUUGAAAAAUCCCACGAUUGGUCAAAGGCCCACGGCAAAACGCUAUCAGUAUUGAUAACUUACUUCGAUUGUGUUGUUGACCCGCUUCUUAAAGAUGGAGAUGCAGAAUAAUUUUAGUCUUUUGGUUUUCAUGAUGUGGUUAAUGUAAAAUAGAUUUUAGUUCCCUGUUAUCUUAUUGGUUAUGGUUAUUCUCAAUUAAUUUUAAAUGUUCAGAAGAGGUAAUUUGUACAAAUUUAUAUACCUACCUAUCAGAUAAAAUAUAGUCUUUAUAUGAGUCAAAUGUCUAUUGUAAUGUAGAUUUUCUAUGGUAAAUGUAAUGGCUGGUUAUGAUAAAUAAUUUGGCAAUGCAAAUGCAUUUUAUUAACCACCCUGUCGACUGGUACCUACCAAACGC